AUGGGUAAAAAGAACAGCAACUUGAAAUCGAGUCUAGAGAGACACAAGUCUAAUCAGGCUAUCAAGCAGCAGCAUAAAGCAUUGGAGAAGAAGAAGGAAAAGGUAAAAGUAUCUACAAAACCAGUUAAGUUGCCGUUCCGAGGGGAUGAUUAUGUGUUAUUGGUGGGAGAAGGAAACUUCUCAUUCACUCUAUCGUUGGUUGUAGAUCAUCAAUUCGAGUGUGGUCAGUUGGUGAGCACAACGGUAGAUACACAGGAGGAAGCGUACAAAAAGUACGAUGACUGUGAGGAGAUAGUGAAGACACUUACGAGCAAAGGAGUAAGGAUAAUAUUUGGAGUGGAUGCAACGUGUCUCGAUAAGUGUAAAGAACUUGAAGGAAAUAAAUUUCACAAGAUAUACUUUGGAUUUCCACAUCUAGGACUCGGUAUAAAGGAUCAGGAUAGGAAUGUGAUAGCUAAUCAAACGCUGAUACUUAGAUUCUUUGCUUCUGCGAGUGAGUACCUGACGUCAGGGGAUGUGGAUUAUAAUUUCAAGAAGAAGAAGGGCGAGGAGAGUGAGGACGAAGGUGAAGACAAGACAAGAGAGGGUGUAGUGAUGAUAACCCUUAAAGAGUCAAAGCCGUAUAAUUUAUGGAACGUUACAGGUUUAGCUAAGAAUCCUCCGAUAGAGUUGCCAGAAUUGCCAGGACAGCCAUCAACGGCAAAGGGGAAAAAAGAAAAGAAAGGAUGCGCGUAUAAAGUACUUCGUAGUAGUCCAUUCAAUUGGGAAUUCUAUCCAACGUACUCCCACCGCAAAACAUCCGCAUCAAUGAAAAAUGUAGUGAAUAGCAGCCAAAGUCGAAUCUACGAAUUUAAUUCUUUUAACUUUGAUAGACUCAACUCUCUCAAUUCAAAGCACUCUGAGCUACAAUCGAAUCUCACCAACCUUCACUCCUCUAGAAUAUCUCAAGAGCGCUCUUUGAACCACAACAGCCAUCAUCAACAUCAUCAAAACAAAAGGAAACUCAGCCUACACGAUGCUCACGAAACUCCAGACUCACUCGACAUUGAUGACGCAAACGAUUCCCUUGACACUCAAAUCAUACAACCAAAGAAGAUGCGUUUACCUUCCCCUUCUCCUCCUCCAGAUCCUAUCUCCCUCGUCCCCGAAUACCAAGGCUUAGACCCUGACUUUUGUCUUCCUACAACAGCUUUACAACGCGCCAAACACGUCCAAGAUGCCCAAAACGCUAUCUGGUUGCACAUAUCGCGCAAAGAGAUCCCAAGAGUACACAAAUACGCUACUGCUGCACACACUUCCCACUUAUCUUUCCACAAGCGGAUAUCUCUACUCACUCAAAGAGAGCAACGCAAGCUUACAACUCGUACAACUAAAAACAACAAAGAAAUUCAAGCCAAGGCUAAGAAGGUGAUGCGUGAAGUUCUCUUUCAUUGGCGCAGGAACGAGAAAGAUGAACGUGAUGUCCGUCGUAAGGCUGAUAGAGAUGCUUACGAUAAAGCAAGAGCUGAAGAACAGAGUAGAGAAAGUCAACGCCAACAGCGUAAACUUAAUUUCCUUAUCACCCAAACUGAAUUAUACUCCCACUUUGUCGGUAACAAAAUCAAGACUGACGAGGCUGAGAAAUCGAAUGAUACCGCCGCUGAUCCUAAUCUCGAGAGCGCUCCUAUUCAACCACCUUCAUUCGACUUUGACAAGUUUGAAGAGAGUAAUUUGCAAGAUAUUGACUACGAUGAUGCCGACGAAAGCAAUUUACGCAUGCACGCUGCCAAGAAUGCUCAACAAGCAUGGCUUAACACGCGCGACAAAGCGACUCAAUUUGACAAAGUAGCUGCUGAGGAUAGGCGCAAAAAUGAGGCUAUCCAAAAAGCUAAAGAGAUGGGUGUUGAAGUACCACCAGAAGCUGAGCAAAAUGCUGAUGCUGAUGACGAGCUCAAUUUCCAAAACCCCAACCUCGGUGAUGACUCUGUCGAAGUAGGCCAGCCGAAGCUGCUUGAUGCAGAGUUGAAAGACUACCAAUUGAAGGGAUUGAACUGGCUGGCCAACCUUUAUGAGCAGGGAAUCAACGGUAUACUUGCAGAUGAGAUGGGAUUGGGUAAAACUGUUCAAUCGAUAUCUCUGAUGGCUUACUUGGCAGAAAAGCAUGAUAUUUGGGGUCCAUUCCUUAUCAUUACUCCGGCAUCUACAUUGCAUAAUUGGCAGCAGGAGAUUAGUAGGUUUGUACCAUCUCUCAAACCACUUCCAUACUGGGGUUCGACGAAGGAUAGAGCUGCGCUAAGAAAGUUUUGGCAAAGGAAGGCUAUAACAUAUACAAAAGACGCACCUUUUCAUGUCCUCAUCACAUCGUACCAGUUGGUUUUGUCUGAUGAAAAGUACUUUAAGAAUGUGAAGUGGCAGUACAUGAUCUUAGAUGAAGCGCAGGCUAUCAAGUCAUCACAAUCAGCGAGAUGGAAUACGCUUCUAUCUUUCAAAUGUCGCAAUAGACUCUUGCUUACAGGUACACCAGUCCAGAAUUCCAUGCAAGAGUUAUGGGCACUUCUUCACUUUAUCAUGCCUUCGUUAUUUGACUCGCAUGACGAAUUCGCAGAGUGGUUUUCUAAAGAUAUAGAAUCGAAUGCGGAGAACAAGGGUGCAAUCAACGACAAGCAGUUAAAGAGAUUGCAUAUGAUACUGAAGCCAUUCAUGUUGCGCAGAGUUAAAAAGAAUGUUCAAAAUGAGCUCGGUGACAAGAUUGAGAUCGACGUACAUUGUCAUUUAUCGCAGAGACAACGCUCGUUGUAUAGGUUACUAAGGAGCAGGAUUUCCAUCACUUCUCUAAUAGACAAAGCUAACAAGGGGAGCGAUGAAGGAAAGCGCGGUCUUAUGAACUUGGUUAUGCAGUUCAGAAAGGUUUGCAACCACCCAGACCUCUUUGAGAGGGCUGAUGUGAAGAGUCCUUUUGUUAUGUCGAGAUGGUCACGGAAUAGAUCGACGAGAGAUCCUGAUGUUCACUACAUACCUGAUCAGUUUGAGAGCACAGUCAGACUGCAACUGCCGCGGUUGAUUGCCGACGAUAAAGACAUUGGUGGUGCCGUUGGUAGACCGACUGGUAGAUCUAAAUUUGGAAGUAGGACAUUGGAGCAGAUGUUCAAUAUUUGGACACCUGAUUAUAUAACCAAGUCAAUAAGUCAGGGUAAAGAAAGCCCGUUCGCCUUCUUACCACAGAUCGGCGUCAGCGCGGAGCAGGCUAGCCAGUUGUUUUCGUCAGAUGAGUUCACGAGGAUGUUAAUGGCAUUUGAGGAGAACAUGGCACAAUCUGAACAUGAAGGAUACAAUGAUGAUAACGACUUGAUUUCUUCUGCAUUGAAUAAGACACUCAACAUUAUUCGUCCGUUCCCUCACAAAGCUGCAAUAGAAGAAUACAGUAGCGCACCAUUACCAGCAUUGAACGAGGUAGCACUCAAUGCCAUUGCUGAGUCUGUACUCUUGCGCCGUUCAUCCAAGUACAUGUCAGGAAUAAAGAGGGUAUUAGCACCUGCCCCGUAUCCUGAUAUCUUGCAUAGACCCUCGCUCGACCGCAUACAGUGGCGCGCAAGAGAAGACAAUGAAAUCACCAAGACGUUUUUUGGUCUGCAGACGCCCCGUCUUAAAGAGAACACCGAAGCAAUAGAGGUGCUGCCGCCACACAUACCCCCACAAGGACUGGUCGAGAACAGCGAUAGGAUGCAACUUCCACCAUCGACAAUGGCAGUACCAGAACCGAACAAACUGAUUAUAGACUCUUCCAAGUUGGUGGCGCUCGAUGAUCUACUACCUAAACUGAAAGCAGGCGGCCAUCGCGUUCUCAUUUACUUCCAGAUGACCAAAAUGAUCGACCUGAUACAGGAGUACCUGAUUUAUAAGGGAUACAAAUAUUUGCGUUUGGAUGGUAGCUCCAAGAUCAACGAUAGGAGGGAUAUGGUACAGGAUUGGCAGGGCAGUGACGAAUACUUUGUAUUCAUGCUGUCUACGAGAGCUGGUGGAUUAGGAAUCAAUUUGACAGCUGCAGAUACUGUGAUUUUCUUUGAACAUGAUUGGAAUCCUUCGAAUGACCAGCAAGCCAUGGACAGAGCGCACAGACUGGGCCAAAAGAGACAGGUGACUGUCUACAGGCUCAUUACUAAAGGUACGAUCGACGAGCGUAUUGUGAAGCUAGCCAGAGUGAAAAAGGAUAUUCAAGAUAUGGUUGUUGGACAGAAAGGCGUGGGCGAGAAAGAGCAGAGCCAGCCAAACGAGCGCGAGAUCAUACAAAUGUUGAUGGAAGAAGAUCAGGACGAGCCUUAUGAGGCUGGUGUCGGUAGCGUUGGAGGUGUCGAUACGGCAGAAUUGCUCAAUGGAGCGAAUGACGAUGAGGAUGGCUUGUUUGGAGGAGACAUGGGUGGUUCUAAUGAUGGUAAUGCCAACAAUACAGUCAACGGUACUGGUACUGGCACACCUGCAACGCCGUCUAAACAAUCUUCCACUCCUAAGCCACCCGGCGCGCGUCAAGGCAGAGGCAGACCACCUGGCUCUACGAACAAGGACAAGAGCGGUGGAGGUGGCUCAGUCGGUGCAGCUGCUACUGCUGCUACUGCAAGCGGCAGUGCUCCUCCGUCGACAUCAAACAACUCCACACACCCGAACACACCUCAACAGAGCGACGACGGCAAACCCAAGAAAAGGUUCAGGAGGACUAAGAAGCAGAUGGAAGACGACGCGGCUGCAGCUGCGGCACAUGAAGCCUACCUACUCAAGGAGGGUAUCAUGCCUGAGAAGAAGAAGCGCGGUCGCAAACCUAAGCAUAAGGCUGAACAGGAUGCCCAAGCUCAAAAGCAGUUUGAGGAGAUGCAGAGCAAGCUGGCCGAAGAUGGCCAGCAGUAG